AUGAUCUAUAUGAGAAUUGAUACAAAGAAUGCUCAGCGCAGAAGCCAUGGUGUGUUUCCAGGAUGGAAGUUGGCCUCACAUUUCGCGGUCUUUAAAAUACUAAACACAACGAUCCGAUGUACAAAGUUUUCGUCAUGCACUUCGAACUGUCAAAUCCAGCCGUUCCGCCCAACAAGACCCAGCUGUUUCGUCUCAAGUCUUCCAGCGCCCGACCUGUCAUCCAUGGCUAAAAGUCGUUGUGCUCAGCGGGUGUUGGUGGCCAUCGUUGUCCUCUUCCGUUGGCAGGUUGACUUUGUGGAGUCUCCUUUCCCUCUUCGUCCAAGCCAUCGCUUGAAACACGCUUUGUUUUGGGGCAAGAAGAAGUCACAGGAGCCUCCCAAGGCUUGCCAAGACAUCUAUGACAUGGACACUCGUGCAGUGUGUAGCUGGCUUAGAGCUUUGGGCCCGAAGUUUGAACAAUAUGUGCCUCGAUUUGAAGACGAAGACGUGGAUGGGCUUUUGCUAAGCACCCUGACCGAUGACAAUCUCCAGAAUCUGGACGUUGAUCAAGAAAUACAUCGCAAGAAGAUCUUGGUCCAUCGUGAUGCUUUGGUGAAACAUGGCUAUGACAUAACGGGCCAAAGACAAGAACUGCCUUUGGAUCGCCUUCGUGAGAGGGUCAAUGUCGCCAGGCCAAGGGUUGAACACCAGCAGCUUACAGACCACAUCUUCGAUUCAAUGAGAAAAGAAGGGAUUUCAUUGGGAGUUUCCGAGCAGGCUUUCAUCACAAGUAUGGACGAUCUCCUUUCCGAGCUCCUGGAGGAAGGUGUGUAUAUGGAAGCUCUUGACACCAUCAACCAUUAUGUUUGGAGUUGGACAGCUUCUGUCGAGCAGGCUGGUAUCAGGGAAGAUGUCCAGGCAGACCUUGAGCAGAUCGCAGCAGGGAAGGAUGCUCAUCGACAAAGGAUUGUUGCCACCCAACAAAACAUCAAGCUGCUUGCAAUGUCACUGGACCGCUAUUGCCGGUCGACGAAGAAAGACAGGUUGACUGACAAAGAAAAAGACCAGGCCAGGUUGGAGAUGGAAGAGAAUCUUCAGACUUGGCUACAAAACAUGCAGGAGCUGGCAGGAAAAGCAAGCUUUUCCCGUGGUGGGUUGUUGGAACGUGCUUCUGCUCGCUUGCGCAUGCAGCUGAAGGAAGUGCAGCUGUGCAAGCCAACAUAG